GCCCGGCCCCGGUCCCCAGCCGCAUGUGCGCCCCCGCUCCGUCCGAGCCCGCCCGGUGGCGUGCGGGCAGAGCAGCAGAGGCGCGGCGACCCCGAGCGCGCUGUGCCCGAGCCGGGCCGGGUUAGGACCCGGACCUCGCGGAGCGCUCCCGUCGCCCACCCCCCGCCGGCAGCAGGGCCUGGGCAGCUGGCACCAUGGCCUUCUCCCAGGUGCAGUGCCUGGACGACAACCAUGUGAACUGGCGCUCCAGCGAGUCCAAGCCCGAGUUCUUCUACAGCGAGGAGCAGCGGUUGGCGCUGGAGGCCCUGGUGGCCCGUGGGCGCGACGCCUUCUAUGAGGUGCUGAAGCGGGAGAACAUCCGCGACUUCCUCUCGGAGCUGGAGCUCAGGCGCAUCCUGGAGACCAUCGAGGUGUAUGACCCGGGCUCCGAGGACCCUCGGGGCGCGGGGCCCUGCCGGGGGCCUGAGGACCUCGGGGUCGGGGACGGCGAGGACGCCAGCGGGGCAGGAGGGGCCCCCACCGAGGCCAAGCCGCUGCUCUCGCUGGAGUACUGGCCCCAGAAGUCGGACCGCUCCAUCCCGCAGCUGGACCUGGGCUGGCCCGACACCAUCGCCUACCGCGGAGUGACGCGGGCCAGCGUCUACAUGCAGCCCCCUAUCGACGGGCAGGCCCACAUCAAGGAGGUGGUGCGCAAGAUGAUCAGCCAGGCCCAGAAGGUGAUAGCCGUGGUCAUGGACAUGUUCACCGAUGUGGACAUCUUCAAGGACCUGCUUGACGCUGGCUUCAAGAGAAAGGUAGCCGUGUACAUCAUUGUGGACGAGAGUAAUGUCAAGUACUUCCUGCACAUGUGUGAGCGGGCCCGCAUGCACCUGGGGCACCUCAAGAACCUCAGAGUGCGGAGCAGCGGGGGAACCGAGUUCUUCACGCGGUCGGCGACCAAGUUCAAGGGUGCCCUGGCCCAGAAGUUCAUGUUUGUGGAUGGAGACCGGGCCGUGUGUGGCUCCUACAGCUUCACGUGGUCGGCCGCGAGGACGGACCGCAACGUGAUCUCCGUGCUGUCCGGCCAGGUGGUGGAGAUGUUCGACCGGCAGUUCCAGGAGCUGUACCUCAUGUCGCACAGCGUCAGCCUCAAGGACAUCCCCAUGGAGAAGGAGCCCGAGCCGGACCCCAUCGUGCUGCCCUCCGUGGUGCCCCUGGUGCCCGCAGGCACCGUAGCCAAGAAGCUCGUCAACCCCAAGUACGCGCUGGUCAAGGCCAAGAGCGCCGACGAGAUCGCCAAGACCUCCUCGGACAAGCAGGAGGCCAAGAGGCCCCCGGUCCUGGCCGAGGGGCCGGGAGACCUCCCCGAGCCGCUGCCACCCAUCCACCCAGGGCUGCUCCACCUGGAGAGGGCCAACAUGUUUGAGUACCUGCCCACGUGGGUGGAGCCUGACCCCGAGCCGGGCAGUGACAUCCUGGGCUACAUUAACAUCAUCGACCCCAACAUCUGGAACCCCCAGCCCAGUCAGAUGAACCGCAUCAAGAUCCGCGACACAUCCCAGGCCAGCGCCCAGCACCAGCUGUGGAAGCAGAGCCAGGACGGCGGCACCUCCCCAGAGCUCCGCCCUCCCCCCGGGCCCAGUGCCCUCCAGGACGGCGCCCCAGCCCCGAACGGCCUCCCCCAGGGGGACCCCGAGCCGCUGCCCCCCGUGCCUAAGCCCCGGACGGUCCCCGUGGCAGACCUGCUAGCCCAUGACAACGGCAGUGUUGGUUGCUGGGCCCUGGGGACCCCGGAGCAGGAGGUGCCCCAGAACGGGACAGGCCACAGUCUGCCCAGGCUGGUGGGCCCAGGCCACACCCCGCUCCAGCGGCAGCUGUCGGUGACCCAGGAUGACCCCGACGGCCCAGGGGCAGGGAUCCCGAAUGGGCUGGACCGGGAGGAGGAGGACGAUGAUGAUGACUACGUGACCCUCAGUGACCAGGACAGCCUCUCAGGCAGCUCCAGCCGUGGCCCCGGCCCCCGGCGGCCCUCAGCGGCCUCCUCCGUGUCAGACGAGUACUUCGAGGUGAGGGAGCGCUCAGCCCCUCUCCAGAGGCGCCACUCAGAGCAGGUGGCCAACGGCCCGGCCCAGCCGCCCCGCCGACAGCUGAGUGCCCCUCACAUCACCCGAGGGACCUUUGGCGGGCCCCUGGGGGGCUCCCCGUGGGCCCGGGGUCGGGGGAGAGAAGAGGUGGAUGUGCCAAGGAGGACGCAGGCCCAGCGCCCCUCGGACAAGGAGGCACAGAGCCAGCAGUUCCACCACGGUAGGGUCCCUGCCUCGGGGACCAGGAGUAAAGAUGGCUUCCCGGGAGCCCCUCGGUAUCGCCCUGCUGCAGACGGCGGCCAGAGCUCUGCCAGGAAAGCAGGCCCAGCUGUGGCGGGCCCUCACCACUGGCAGGCCAAAGGUGGCCCGACACCCCGUGUGCUGCCAGACCCUGCAAGCCCAAGGCUGGCCCGAAAUGCCCACCCCCUGCCCGAUGGCCGGGCCACCGAGGAGCAUCGGAGUCCCUUCGGAAUCCCGUACUCCAAACUGUCUCAGUCGAAGCACCUGAAGGCCAAGACAGGCGGCAGCCAGUGGGCCUCAUCCGAUUCCAAACGGAGGGCUCAGCCCCCCCAGGACCGCAAGGACCCCUAGCAGCCUGUCCCAGCCUGGAGCCACGUCCCCCCAGGCCUCUGCCCCAACCCAGACUCACGACGCAGGAGAGCAGAUGGCCGCCUGGGAUGGCGGGAAGGGGGGUGGGCAGGUGACGCUGGCACUUACCUGGUCAGUGCACCAGUACCAGGUGGCCAUGAUGGUCAGGCCGAAGGUCAUCCCAGGCCACGGCAGGUCCCCUGUGUGGGGGUCUCGGAACAUGUGCAUGGCGUCUGCCCUCGGCAGGUGGCAGGUGGUGUUGGCGAUGGUCCUGGAGGGCACGGCCUGGGCGUAGGCCGCCUCCAGCUGCCCGUAGCCACCGAUCCGGUCGAAAGCUGGAGGGAUCGGGGUGGGACAAGGACAGUUUUGUGGUUGAGGGACCUGACUCCCUGGGCUCCCACUGCUCUAAUCUCGCAAGUAACUUCCGACACGCCAAACUCGAGUCUUUCCCACCUCGUCUUUCCCAGUGUUUGGAAAGGUGUGGAGGGUAGAGGGUUUUUAAAAAAAAGGUGAAUCUCAAUGACUAUUUUAUUUGUAUUUAAAGUAGCACUAUUAAACGAGCGUUUUGCACGUGGGCACCCCAGAGUCUGGUUAGCCGGGCAGGGGCACUGCUGGCCUCGGGCCAGCACAGGUGUUUUUUCUCAGGUUUAAGUACCUUCCUGAGGUAUCUGAAGUGUUAGAGUAUCUGACCUGGGGCGCCCAAAGACAGAGCUAAGCAUGGCUGCACCCCCUCCCCUGGAGCCACAGGUCCAGCGAGGGGCAGGGGCUUCACCACGAUCACAGCCCACCGGGAGGGGUCAGGCCAGGGCUCUGUCCUCUUAAGUCCAGGCCACGUUUGCCCCUCACCAUUCCCGUCUACCUCGGGGUCAGGGCCCCGUGUGGCCGAGCCCUGGCCCGUUCGUGGCUUUUGCCGUGUCUGUGGUCACUCCCCUCCUGUCCAGACUGGGCCUGGUUGCCUGGGUCCCUCUCAUGCAGUGGGCUCAGGGACACAGGGGCCCCUGUUCUGAAAGGGGGAAGCCUGGAGGUGGGAAAACCCCUGUCUCCACCGCAGGCCCAUGCCCUGUCCCUGGGCGUCUUGGGAGGACGUGGAAGGGGAAGGAGAAUCCUGCUCCCUGCCUCCCCUACCCCACCCCAGGCCAGGGGCUGUGUUCAUACCAAGGAUCCUUGUGGGCCUCAAAGCAAACAAACACUACACAGGUUCCCAGUCUGAGUCUGGAGGAGUAUUUGAAGGUCUUUGUUCACUCUCCGUGGGGUUCUCCUGGCUCUGCUUGGAUACUUCCAGGGACAGGGAGCUCACUACCUUCCAGGGAAGCCCCACAAGCUUCCUAUCUGUUCCAGACUAAUAUUGCCAAUCUGUCUAAGCUCUCUUCUCUCCUCACUGCCAAACACCUUUGUCUAGGAGGAGGUGACAUCACCUCUUGGGAUUUUGUACAUGACGUUAAACAAUUGGAGGAGAUGCCCAGGCAGUUUUGUGGCUUCCUAAUCACGUGUCUACACACCUGCCUGUGGCCCCACCUCACUGGACCGGCCCAGUGUUCCUGAGUCAGCUCCUUGCCAGACCCAGAGCCGGCCUGGAGCUGGUGACAGCUGGGCAGCGGGGGUGGGCAGCACCAGUCCCCAGACGGCUUGCUGCUGGGACAGCCCCACCGCAGCUGCAGCCCGCAGUCAGCCCUCACCUCUGACCGCCAGGAUGACGGCCCCCACCACCAUGAUGAGCGUCUGCAGGGCGUCCGUGUAGAUCACAGCGGCCAGGCCCCCUGCGGGUGGAAACAAGCUUGCUGGAGGGGGACCUGGCCCCAGGGAGGACAGACACAGGAAGGAACUUCCAGAGCCCCUCCGAGGUGGCCGUUCCACAUGCACGGCCCCUGCCCUUCAUAGGCCGGUGAGCCGAGCCUCAGCCGGGCUCCAAAUCCCUGCUGGCUCCAGCCAGCCAUUUUGCAGGCUGCUCCCCUGGGCCCGUAGGAGGAGGUGGCCCUCUGCCUCCUGCACUCGUCCCUGGCUGCCCCGUGGGGCGGGGCGGCAUACCUGCGAUGGUGUACAGGGCCGUGAUGACGAGCGUGAGGAUGGUGGAGAGGUAGAAGUUCCAGCCCAGGCAGAUGUGCACAAAGAGAGCCCCGGCGUACAGGUCCAGCUGUGGAGGGAGACCGUCUUGUGCGGACGUCCCAGAUCACCAUUAGACCCAGCGGACCAGCAAGCCACUCACUGGCCGUGUGACCUCGGGCAAGGGCCUCUGGGCUGCAGUUCCCUGUGGAUGAGGAGGGGAGGCCCACACCCCGCCUGCCUGCACCACGGGGGGCUGUCGUGGGGGAGGAGGGACAAGCCAGAUGGACAGGGGAUGUUACUGUUCUAAUAAAGUGCAGACUGGCCAUCGCCCACUCGA